AUGGCUAAAAUGCGGAAGGAAUUAAAAGAUAGUGAUACAAUAAUCACAUACGGCUGUUCUGCACACUUGUUGAACUUACUUUCCAAAGAUUUAGAAAAUAGCAGUAUAAAGGAGCAUGUUGUGCAAAUAAUAAAAUACUUCCGAAACAAUCAUGCAGCUAACAGCUUGUACAAAGCAGAAGGAGGGAAAGCAUUAGUGCUGCCAUCAGAUAUUCGUUGGAAUACUAUAACUGAUUGUUUCGAAGUCUUUGUGUCUGAGUGGCAAAAGCUACUAAAAAUAUGUGAAGAGAACAGGGACGUCAUAGAUCCUGUUAUUAGAGCAAAAGUUGAAAAUAUGGUCGUAAAGAGUGCCGAGACAAAAAAAAUCCCAAUCGGAGGCCCUAUUCUUCAGGAAAAGGCUCAGCGGUUUGCAGUAGAAUUGGGACAUGAAGAGUUCCGUGCUAGCAACGGGUGGCUUCAAAAUUUCAAAAAACGAAACGAGGUUGUUUUUCGAAAAAUAUGCGGUGAAAGUGGUAGUGUUAAUGAACAAGUAUGUGAUGAUUGGAAAGACAAACUGGCAGAGCUGACCACCGGAUACGAUCCCGAAGACAUCUUUAACGCCGAUGAAACUGGACUAUUCUAUAAAUGUUUACCUGACAAAACCUUAUCAUUCAAAAGCGAUAAAUGUAAUGGUGGGAAAAACAGUAAACUUCGCUUAACAGUACUGCUGGGAACAAAUUGUACUGGGACUUACAAACUAAAGCCACUCAUCAUCGGAAAAUAUCAAAAACCGCGAUGUUUUAAGAAUGUCAAUAAUCUGCCAACAGACUACACGUCCAACCAUAAGGCUUGGAUGACCAGUGAUGCUUUUUGCAAUUGGCUUAAAAGUCUGGAUAAAGAGAUGAAGAAAAAAAACAAGAAAAUUCUAAUGUUCAUCGAUAAUUGUACUGCAUACGGAGAAAUUCCUAACCUGAAAAAUAUAAAAAUAAAGUACUUACCUCCAAAUACCACUUCAAAACUACAACCACUGGAUCAGGGCAUCAUCCAAAGCUUCAAAAUGCAUUAUAGGAAGGAAGUUGUCAGACGAUUUCUUGCUGAUGUUGAACGUCAAACACCAACUACAAUUGACGUUUUACAAGCCAUGUGGAUGAUCGCCAAAGCUUGGAAUUUAGUCACUGAAAAGACCAUUGCAAACUGCUUCAAGAAAAGUGGGUUUAAAGUAACAUGCGAAGAUGAGGAGGACGAUUUACCAGUCGCAGAACUUGCUAGGACCUGGCAAAGAGUUCAAGAAGAAUUACACCUUCAAGAGACUGACUUCGAAGACUUCGUUACCUUUGAUAAUGAUUUGGCCAUCUGUGGAGAACUAACUGAUGCUGAAAUCGUCACAUCUGUGUUGCCAGUUACUAAUGCAGAAGCGGAUGAAGACGAGGAAGAAGAGGGUGAAAUUGACGAGCAUAACUUCACAAUAAAAGAUGCUUAUAAUGCUUUGAAUACAAUAAAAUCUGUGUUUCUCAAAAAGGGAGGUUUGAGUGACGAUGUAGUGAAAUCCAUCACGAAAUUAGAUUGCGCUUUGGAUGUCAUAACUCAUACCGGUGCUAUGGAGAAACUAUCAUUGGCAGAGGCUAAACAGCGUGCAGAGAGAGCCAACUGGAACAUCCGAUUACCUGCAAUUGCAGCAGAAACCCUGGAAGAUUCAACAGCAUAUGUAAAUGAGCCGGAUGAAGACCCAAUACCUGGCCCCUCCGUCUCUCAAGAUCCCUGGGCUGCUGCAAUUAGAUCAUCAUAUCCAGAUGGGGAAGACAACGAUCUCGAAGGGGGCAUUGAGGGUAUAACUAUAGAUCCUGAAUUAGACGAAAUUGAUGAACCCCACAUUGACGACAUAUACUUUCUGGCCGGACAAGCAGAAGAGACGCAGCAACAUGGAUACCUCCGAAAAUCUGUCCGACAAGUACUUGCUAGAAACAAGUCUCUUGUAGUCCUGUUAGGAGAUCGAAGGGUCCAGGUUGACUUUAUCCUUCCUCCCUCAAGCAGAUUACAUAGAGACUGUAAGAGGGAUAAUUGA